UCGGGAGCAAAGUGCAGCACAAAUUGUUAAGGUAGAUUGCUAUGUAGAGAGAACGCUAGAUGUACAUGGUUCUGAACAACGAAAUGUGGAUCUCUUUUUAUGGCAAGCAGCGGUAUUCAAAGACGCCAGUCGCCUCAAACAAGGAUCUGAUGCGUCUAUCCCUCAUCUACGGACGGCAUUUGUUACUGAAAUAACGAAGGCCAAUGUGGAAGAAGUCAGAAGGAAGAUACGAAUUUGAUCGAAGACUGAUGCGAACUUUCAAAGGACCUCACGUGCUCCUCCAGCUUUCACGGCCCUUGCGCUAAGCCAGCUAACCGCAGUCUCUAUCUUUGCCAUGCCGUGUUCAGACCGCACUGCAGACUUCAGACAGGUUGCAAGAGAUAAGGAAAAUCAACUACCUCAGACGAAACGACGGAAAACUACACGUCCGGGGGCUGAACACGACACGGAGGUCAUCUCUGGGAAGGAAUACGUCGCUGAGGCGUAUGUCGUCCUCGACCACAUCACGACUCUAACGCGGAUGCUUGCCAGUAUACGUCGGCCAUAUCUCAAUGUCGACUCGCGACCUGCAACCCACCAAACACCGAAGACACUGGACCUGGAGUCGGGGGAAUCAUCAUGGGCAUCUAUACGAUCACUUUCAAACCAAGAACGAGACCAAAUUGACCUCCAAACGCGUGUCAUCCUGACACGUUGCGCUGACCGGGUGAAGGAGAUGGAAGCGUUAGAGAAACGUCGCGUCGAACUUGUUGCGAGUAAAACUAAUCCACUGGCACGACUACUACCUUUGCGUUUGCGGCAAGACUCUACUAAUGUUGCGUCUGACUUCGUCGCCGCGCACCACGCCAGCAUCACGUGGUUCCUUAAUCGUCGCCUGGCCGAGGCGAGCCAGAGCCAGAAAGAGAUGCAAGAGGAGCGUGUUAAAAGACAGUUGGAGCGGUCGAGGACAUUGGGAUCGAGUGCUGCCCGGGAGAUGCGAUCUCUGGGCUCCGAGCCUCUUUCGCCGCCGGAACCGCCAGGAGCCGCGCCUUCAAGCUCAUGGCUUGGUGGGGCAUCGUCCAGUUUUCUUUCUGCCACGAUGGGCAGUCCUUCUCCCCAGCGCGCUUCCGUCCCCGUGCCCGAAUUGGCGAUACCCUCAGAUGACGACGACGACGAAGACAUCGAACUCUCUCAAUCUCAGAUAUUGCAAUUUGAGACGGAGAACGCCAAUAUUCUUCGAAACGUUCAAGAUACGCUUGAAUCAGUGCAACAAGCGGAGGCUCGCCUCAUGGACAUCAGCGCUCUUCAGAUGGAGCUCGUCACGCAUCUCACCAAACAGACACAAUUGACGGAUCAGCUUUUCGAGGACGCGAUUGCGACUACGUCCACUGUAGAGAAGGGAAAUGUCCAGUUACAGGAAGCCAGAAGACGAGGGAAGGACAGUCGGUUGUUCAUCUUGGUUUUUCUAGUUGGUGCUAGCAUGGCCCUGCUUUUCCUGCAUUACUAUUGA